AUGUGUACUCGUCUGCACUUCGACUGGGUAGUCGCCAAAACUUGGGCGUUUGACAGUAUCUCAGCCUUCGUGACUUCCUCUGGUAGUAUGGCAGCCAGUGGGACGAGAUGGCUCGGGUGGUUAGAGCGCGAAGCUACUGACCGGAAGGUCCGUGGUUCGAACCUGACCUCUGCUUCUCGACUUUCCCUGUCUAGGCUUAGGCAACCUGGCAGUAUCUUAGCCAUCGUGCUUCCUUCGGGUGGCGUGACAGCUUGGCACCGAAAGGGUGUUACAAGUGGGCGGUUAUCUUGUUGUCUAUCUUCUCCGUUGGUUAGACUCAGUAUGGUGAAGGAUCGCCCUUACACACGUGUGAAACUGCAAGGAAUUGAAAACAUCUGGAUCCACAACCAGCUGUUCUGUUCAGGCACCGUGAACUGUGUGGCACCGGAGCGCAUUCACAAAAUACACCAAGUCGUCGUCAUCAUCAUCAUUGACAGCAUGACAUCAGUGUUCAACACCGAUGCUUCAAUGCCGUACAGUCGUGAUUCAUUUGAAAGCCUUAUUGUAAAGAAAAGAGUAAAGUGUCUCCAACCAGGCACAGUGAGGAUCAGGCGGUCCCCAUCCUGGAAGGCGAGUAGCACCGACAGCACCCAAGCGUUUCGUGAUCUCCUUCAUACUCCUCUGCCAAGUCGUGCCACCAUGGAUAAUCGUUCGGCCGUGACACUUUUUCGUUGCCUAGCUGCCAUGCCACCCGGAGGAAGCAAGAGAGCUAGGAUACUACCAGGUUGCCCAAGCCUAGUCAAGGGAAGUCGAGAGGCGGAUGUCGAGAUCGAACCACGGACAUUCCGGUUAGAAAUUCGCGCGCUGACCACUGAGCCGUCUUGUCCCCUGUGGUAA